UCAGAGUUAAAGUCGCGUCUGGAAGAUGUCGCACGGUCCUAGAGGCAUUUAUCUGGAACUUGGUGAUGCGCAAGGGAAUCGCAUCCGAUGGAGUCUAAUGAGGUCUGGGGCCUCCACACUCAACAACAGCGCCUAAUCGACAUACCCACUUGGGUCUUUUCCAGUGGUACCAAAUGGCAUGCCUCCACAGUGGGUUGCUUACUUAGUUGGGGUUGGGUACUUGUCUUAGUAGGCUGUGGCGUUAUUGGGCUGCAUGGCAUACCGUGCUGUAGUAGUUGCGAAGUCCGUGCCUCCAUGGGUAGAUGGUUAGAGUAUGAGAGGAGAUAAGGGUGUCUUAAGGGGAGGAUAUUAUGAGGUCCCUAAGCUUUGGAGCGCCCCUGACACUGACAUGGGAACAGCUCAUUUGAUGUGUUCCGAGUGAAAUGUGCAGGUGAUAUAGACCAG